AAUAUUCGAAGCCACACAAACAUGGCUGACAGUGCCGCAAAGUCAAAACUGAGUAAACGAGUAAAUAAUUUUGUCCAAAAUGUGACGGAAACCACCUCCAGUGGCUUCACGGAGACGGAGCGUGCUUCAAAAAAGACUAAACAGACUAGGUCAGCAGAUUCUGGAUCAGCAUGGUGGAACGCAAAGAACCUUUCUCCUGUGGAGAGUCUGUGGGCCUUGACUCUCCAGUCUGCUAUCCCGUACCUGGAUAACCAACAUUGGGAUCAAGUUCCUGAUCUUCCACCUCCAUCUGCAGCAGGAGCCUCAUCACCCCCCCGGUUAGAGGAGGAUCGCUGGUGUGACUUCAGUGCCGAGGUGCCUCCCUUCCCUCAAUCACGUCCACCUCCAGAGUCUCAAAAUCCAGAUCCUCUCCAUCCCAACAGUCCCCAACAGGCCAAAUCUGGAGCAGGCACUGCUGACUCAUCACUUUCCUCUGCCAUUUGUCAAGAGCAUGAAGUGUCUGUACACGCCGGCUCCAAAAAGGAUCAUCCGUCUCUCUGUACAUUAGCUGUGCCCUCAAGUGCCAGAGAAGAAGAGGGAAGAAAUGAAGACAGAGAGGAGAAAAUGGAGACACAUGUCAACUUCUUUGACAGUCCCCCCCUGGGGAAGGAAGAAGAAAUCAGCGACGAGAUGAUGGGGACUGAAGAGGACGUGGAAAUGAAUAGCGGUGACACAAAAAGUGGGGAGAUUGCAGAAGGGAAGCUGAACAGCUGCCCUAUGUGCCUGCAGGUGUUCCCUGUUGGCUUCUCCCAGAUGGACUGUGACGGCCACCUCGCUCAGUGUCUGUCAGAAAUGAACGUGGACAUGGCCUGGUGACCUCCACACAUUUCAGGAUGCAACCGUGUGUUAACCGCACUGUGCCCCACACUGAAGACAUCAUGUUUUGUUGGAUGCUUGGAUGAAAUGAACUUGUGUCGCCAACCAUCACUAUUACAGGAUAAUGGGUUAUUCAACCUACUUGUACACGAUUCAUUUCGUACCUCCACUAUAUCUUUCACCAUGUCCACAAUAUUAUUAAACAGCUUAUUCACUUUGUACUAAUAUGUAAUUUCA